AUGAUUUCAACCACGCCACACAGUUAUCACAACCAGUUCCACGAUUCCCACUACUACGACAACUACCACAACUACCAGCACAAAAUGACGCUGCUGGAUCGCAGCCCCAUCUUGUCGAGGCUCGGGAAAAUCAACCCUGCGUCAUGUCUCAAACGCAACAAAUCCUUCUCCUCGUCAUACACCGCCACCUCCAACUACACCUCCGCUACAUCCAACUACACGAGCGCCACGAGCAUGUACCCAUCAACAUCAGCAACCUCGACCCACAUCCAUCACCACCACAACCACCACUACAACCAAAAUUACACCCACGGCAAUGUGCUGAGCCAGAUGACCACGAUAUACCACGAGAUCUACAUUAUGUUAUGCUUGCUAGACGACUUGUUCAAGUACGACAUCUUGGACAUUGAGACAAUCUCGGGUCUGCACGAGUAUUUAAAACACGAAUUUCGCUACAUCUCCAACAACAACAACAAUCAGGGUGCAAGUUUGGAUGUCUCGGUGAUCAAUUACCACAUUCGCAAGUACUUGGAGUUUUUACGCGUGAUUAACCCCAUGGAUGACUCGAGCGUGGUUGUCGCUGAUGAGGAAGAGGCUGAUUGUUGGUUUGUCAAUGACGAAAUCCCGCGCGUCAUUAAGAGGUACAUCAAGAAUACGAUCCAAAUUUUGGAGAGGUAUCUUGAUUUGGUCAUCUUUGAGAGCCAGAGCCGUCGUUUGAGUGGCGAGUUUUGCGACGGUGGCGAGGAGAGCUAUAGUUCGGAUGAGGGUGAUAUCAGUUGUUACAUGGUUUAA